UCGAUAUAAAAACUAUUACUGCAGUGAUUGUUGCAAUCAACAGUCAUAGCCUACGAGUUUUUAAUAUUAAAUGGACAAUUAAGUUUGCGAGUACCCUUCUACCCGUUCAUCCACAUUAGUUAGGUGCCCAUAUGCUCUUAAACGGUUCUCAGCAAAUUGUAUUUUUAAAAUUGCACUCUAAAUUGGCUUUUUGAACUACACAUUUAUCAAUUUCUGUCCAUAACUCGAAUCAUGGUUCAAGACAAGCAGUUAGAGUUUGUUAAAUUCAAAAACAUUAUGAGAAAACUUGUAUUCACUGUCGGCUUAUGGACAAAAGAAGACUCCAGUUUUUUACACCGUUCAUUACUUAUCAUUUAUCUUUUGUUUUACAUAAUUCCUGUUAUCGGCGCAUGUAACUUUCUUAUCACUAACAUUUCUAAUAUAAGUCUCGCAACAAGAGCUGUGACCCAGCUGCUGGGAUUUUUGACUGUUACUUUAAAAGCAGCGUGUUUCAUAAUCAACCGCAAAGAUGCGAACGAUCUACACUCGGUGCUAGAUCUGUACUUUGAAAAACUACUGCAUUCGCCAAAAAUGUCUAAUAUGGUGCUGGGUAAAGUCAGGACUUUUCGACGCUGGCCAACAUUUAUCACAACAUUUGUCACAAUUGUAUGCAUGUCUUAUGCGAUCAUUCCGAUCAUUUCAAUCGUAAAACAAUUGCGACAUCGAGUAUGGCCGAUUCAGUACAAUCUUCUUUAUCUGACGAUAUAUCCUAUGAAAGCUCGCCGCAGCAGUUUGCUCUACAAUUUUUAUUUUUUUGACGAGUACGUAAUGACUAUAAGCAUGAUUUUUAUUACCUCGAGUUUAGAUUCGCUUUUUACGUACUACAUUUUUCAAUUAAUUGGAAUGUUACGGGAAAUUUCGUAUCAUAUUUCAAUAAUCGAUGAUAAAAAUGGUGAAAUAAUCGUACGUCAGUGUGUUGACAAGUAUCAAGUAUUGCUAAAAGCUUGUAAUCAAUUGAGAAAAAUUUAUGGACCAAUUAUUUUGUGGACCAUGAAUGUCAACGCGCUUAUUCUUUGUGCUGCAAUUUUUCAACUAUCUAUUGCAAAAACGAUACCAGUCAUCUCGAUGAUUAUAUUCGCAGCGCACGCAAGUCUAAAAUUGGUUCAAGUGUACGUUUAUGCUUGGUCUGGUACUCAGCUUACUAUUGAGAGCGAAAAAUUCAGAGAGAGUAUCUACGCCGCUAAUUGGGCUGGCAACGCUCGGCUUAAGUCUUCAAUAAUUAUAAUGUUAGCCCAAAAACCACUUAUAUUAACUGCCUGCGGCUUAUUGAAUGUGACUAUUGAGAUGUUCGUAAAAGUCAUAAAUACUUCGGUGUCUUACUUUUUGUUGUUGAAAACUUUUGACCAAAAAGUUUGACAGACUUUAACAAGCUAUUAUUUUUCACUUACAAUAAUUUUAUUUAUAAUAUCGAAUAAUU